AUGGUCCACAAGCCUACUCCCAGUCCUAGCUCUGCUAGCGACACCUUCCAUUUGGAGAAGACUGAUGUUCUCAUCGUGGGCUCUGGCCCAAUCGGUGCCACAUUCGCUCAUACCCUCGUCAAAAAGGGCAUCAAGGUCACCAUGAUUGAUAUUGGCCAGCAACCUACUGACGGGGCCUAUGUACUCAAUGGCCAGAACCCGGAGCAGAAGGCCUAUGGUAACCUUCCUGCCGCUGCCGCAACUCGUGUUGUUGGUGGUAUGGGAUCCCACUGGACAUGUUGCACCCCCCGGCAGCACAAGGGGAUUGAGCGGUCUGACCUUUUCAGCAACAGUGAGUGGGACUCUCUCUACAGUCGCGCUGAGAAGCUCUUCAAGAAGAACGACGAUGCUUUUGACGAUUCUGUCCGCCAGAGGCUCGUCAGACGUGUCCUUACUGACGCCUACCCCGAUCGUGAAAUGAAGAGCAUGCCGUUGGCCUGCAAACGCAAGGAAGGUAACAAAGAGUAUGUUGAGUGGUCUUGCACUGCUACUAUUCUUGGAGAACUGUCUACGCCAGAGUACUUUUAUAAGGGCGGGGAACGACUGUUCGACAUCAGGCCCAACACCCAAUGCGACAAGCUUGAAGUGGAUGCCCAGGGCAAGAUUCACUGGGCCGUGAUCAGCGACCUUGAAAACAACAAAGAAUACUACAUCGAGGCCAAGAAGUACGUCAUCUGUGCCGGUGCCGUGCUUACUCCGGGUAUUUUGUAUAAGUCUGGAUUGGAGGGAAAGCUGCCUAUGCUGGGCCACUACCUGACUGAGCAGCCUAUGGCGUUUUGUCAAGUCGUUCUCGAUAGGACUCUGGUCAAUAGCGUCCGGGACGAAGAGGUCGUCAAAGCUCACACUACAGCCCAUGAGAAUGAUCCACUUCCUUUCCCUUUCAAUGAUCCUGACCCACAGGUCUACUUCCCACUGUCCGAGAAAUACCCCUGGCACACUCAGAUCCAUCGUGAUGCCUUUGGCUAUGGUGAGGUCCCGUCAAACAUUGACCAACGCCUUGUUGUCGAUCUUCGCUGGUUUGGCUACAUGAAACCUGAAUAUGAGAACUGUGUCACAUUCUCUAACGAGACCAAAGAUCAGUUUGGAAUGCCUCAGCCAAUCUUCAACUUUAUCUUGGAUGAGGAAGCGGAAGAGCGCUGCAAGCGGAUGAUUACAGACAUGAUCGAUGUUGCUAGAAAACUUGGUGGCUUCCUUCCUGGUGCUGAGCCCAAGUACCUCGCUCCUGGAUCUGCUCUCCAUAUCUGCGGUACAUACCGCGCGGGAAGCACUUCAGCUGAUAGUGUUGUCAAUAAGAACGGCAAGGCUUGGGGCGUUAAUGAUCUCGUGCUUGGAGGCUGCGGUGUCAUUCCCACUCAGAAUGCUUGCAACCCCACGCUCACUGCUGCUUGCUUUGCUCUCGCAGCUGCUGACAAGAUCAUUGAAGAACUCCAUGUUGACCAGUGA